CUGGACAGUUUUAGAAAACUAUAACUUUCUCAAAAAUUAAAGGGUCUCACGAUUGAGAAUUUCGACGUUUUGGUGUGAGCUAAAAAGACUUAUACUCUUUGCGUAUCUUAGCAAAGUUAGAGUUUUUCUGUUAAAAAGUUAAAUGGCAAAACUUCUAGGAACAGAUUUUUUUGUAAUUUUAAGAGGACUGAAUGCUGUUUCUAGGGCAGCAGCAAAUGUCACAGAAGCAGAGCUAAGGGAAGCAUGGACAUCUUCUAGCUCUUCUCGUCCUCAGUUGCAGAAUUUAUUUGUUAAAAAUUGCAAGCCAGAAGACAUAGCUAACAAUGUCAAAGAUGCUGCAGGAAGAUCAUUUGCUGUAAUAGAGGGUCUGAAACAAUUUACUUCUGUAGCAGCUCGGAAGUUAAUGAAAACAAACUAUAAUGUCUCUCACCCUUCAAAAACUGCACCGGAGGACGCAAAAAAAUUCUCAGAUCCAUUUCCAAACCAAGAGGUACAUGAACCACCAGUAUGUGUCAAUGAAACUAAUAAUGGAUCUUCGGAUACCCUCCCACAGCCCACUAAUUUUGAUGUUUCUCCUCUUGCAAAACCUGGAAAUCUCCUGAGAAACCAGAAGAUUCCUGAAGGAUCAAAGGAAUCAUGCGCUUCUUUCUCUACCUCUUCAGCUUUCAAAUCUCCGGUUAUGUUUCAAAAGUCAGAUGUAAAAUCUCAUUCCAAGUCGCAUGUUGAAAAAAAAUCAGGAAAUACGGGGGAACCUGGAAAACCAAAUGUGCCCAUUCCGCCAGUUGCCAAAAAAAAUCGAGUCCCUAAAUUGAGCGAAACAUCACGCGAAGUUCCUGUUCCGUCUUCAAGAAUUGGUCGAUUAGCUUCUUAUGGUAGCCUGGCCGCUGGCUUGGGAAUCGGAGCGCUAGCGGAAGUUACUCGCCGAACACUUGGCAUGAAUAAAACACAGGCAAUUGAAAACAAUGUGACUGCUGUACUCGACUCCAAUCCCUUCCUAACUGAUGCAAAUGCUGAACGGAUUGUGAAUACGCUCUGUAAAGUACGAGGAGCUGCGCUUAAGUUGGGACAGAUGUUAAGCAUGCAAGACGAUUCUCUCAUCAAUCCACAGCUACAGAAAAUAUUCGAGCGAGUGAGACAGUCAGCUGAUUUUAUGCCUGUUCGGCAAAUGGAAGGUGUUUUGGUUAACGAACUCGGUCCUGACUGGAGGAACAAGUUAAAAGAUUUUCAAGAAAAACCUUUCGCUGCAGCUUCUAUUGGUCAAGUUCAUUUAGCAACGCUCCUUGACGGUCGUCAGGUAGCUAUGAAAAUUCAGUAUCCUGGAGUUGCAAAGGGGAUAGAAAGUGAUAUCAACAACUUGGUGGCUGUCAUGAAUAUGUGGAACAUAAUACCGAAAGGAAUGUACAUGGAAGAAUUUAUUAAAGUAGCCAAAGUUGAAUUGGCCUGGGAGGUAGAUUAUCUCCGAGAAGCCGAAUGUGCUAGGAAAUUUGCAGAAUUGAUCAAAGACAUGCCGUACUAUAAAAUUCCUGCAAUCAUUGACGAAUUAAGUACGAAACAAGUCAUAACAUCGGAAUAUGUCGAAGGGAUUUCAAUGGAAGAAUGCAUGAAAUUGGACCAAGACACUCGUAAUGAUGUUGCGGAAAAAAUGCUUUUCUUGUGUCUUCUCGAGGUGUUCCAGUUCCGUUUUAUGCAAACUGAUCCCAACUGGGCCAACUUCAUGUACGAUCCCCUUACUCGAAAAAUAAUUCUUAUUGAUUUCGGUGCAAGCCGAGAGUAUUCCAAGGAAUUUGUCGACAAAUAUAUCAAAAUAAUUGAAGGGGCCGCUAAAGGUGAUCGGCAACAAAUUCUUGAAUAUUCUAAAACUUUGGGUUUUUUGACAGGAUAUGAAAGCAAGGUAAUGAAAGAUGCCCAUGUUGAAGCAGUAUUGGUUCUUGGUGAAGCAUUUCGACAUGACGAGCCUUUCGAUUUCGGGACACAAGAUACUUCGCGGCGAGUGCAUAAACUGAUUCCAGUUAUGCUUUCUCAUCGUCUCUGUGCUCCUCCACAAGAAACUUACUCCCUUCAUAGAAAAAUGUCUGGAGCGUUUCUUCUGUGCGCAAAACUGGGUGCCAAAAUCAACUGCAAAGCUUUUUUUGAUGCUGUAAUCGAAAAGUACCAUGCCCAACCGAAAUAGUUAAGUUAAAAAGAAAAGAAAUCAUGGAUGCUUAAGAUCAAAAUAGAAAAUACAUAAGUUAUACAUUUUCA